AAAAGCCUUCCAGAUACAGCAUAAGGGAUAUUAUGCUAGGGCUUAUACCAGCCAUUAGUUCUGAUUCCUGAGGAGCUUUUGAGGCGCAAAAUGGCCGUGAUGAUUGGAAUCGCUUUCAGAGUUUCUUGGCUUUGUAGCCUGCUAAUUGGCGGGAUAACCUGUUCUACAUCAAGUGAUGGGUAUCCUGCACCAGGUUCUGAUGCUACAUGGCUCUAUACAGGCCCACUUAGGUCUAAAGGAUAUGGUAAUUACAACUCUCCAACGGCUCAAUUGCAAGCGCAGCUGACCGAAGAGCAACGGAAACAUCUGGCAGCCAUCCUGCAAAAGCAACUGGCCCCAAUGUCCCAGGCACCUCAGAAAAUGUGGUAUCCAACUCAAAUGCCCCAGCAGGAAAAGCAACCGGCCGCCAUGACCCAACAGCAGACGCUACCGGCCAGUUAUCCUAAGCAGCCUCAAGCAAUGUUGUAUCCAGCUCAAAUACCCCAGAAGCAACCAGUUACUGGACUUCAGCAUCAGAAGGAGCAGGCCUCCAUACCCCAGCUACCUCAGCAAGUGUGGUAUCCAGUUAUAAUGCCUCAGCAGCAAAAGCAACCAGCUACUAGUCCUCAGCAGCAGACGGAACUGACCACCAUGCCCCAGAAGCAACCGGCUCCAAUGACUAUACCGCAGAAACAACCAACAGCUAUGCCCCAGAAAGCAUGGUAUCCAGCUCAAAUGCAGCAAAAGCAACCGGCCACCAUGCACCAGCAAGUGUGGCAUCCAGCUCAAUUUCCCCAGCAGCAAAAGCAACCGGCUACUGAACCUCAGCAGCAGAAGGAACCGGCCUCACUAACCCAGCAACCUCAGCAAGUGUUGCAUCCAGCUCAAAUGCUGCUGAAGCAACUGACUGCCAUGCCCCAGCAAGUGUUGUAUCCAGCUAAGCCCCAGAAGCAACUGGCCGCUGAUCCUCAGGAGCAGAUUGAACUGACCGCCAUGCCCCAGCAACCUCAGCAAGUGUGGUAUCCAGCUCAAAUGCCCCAGAAGCAACCAACCGCUGAACCUCAGUGGCAUCCAGCCAAAUUUCCCCAGGAGCAACCCGUCCCUAUGCGUCAACUGCAGAAGGAACUGACCGCCAUUCCACCACAACUGUGGCAAUCCGCUCAAAUUCCCCAGCAGCAUAAGCAACCGGCUGCCAAGCUUCAGAAAGUGUGGCAACUGGCCCCCAUUCCCCAGCAGCCUCAUGACGUGUGGUAUCCAGCUAAAAUGGUCCAGAAGCAACAAGCAGCUGCAACUCUGCAGCAGAAGGAACUGACCACCAUGCCUCAAGAGUGUCAUCCAGCUCAAUUUCCCCAGCAGCAGAAGCAACCAGCCCUAAUGCUUUUACCGCAGAAGGAACUGACCGCCAUACAUCAGCAACCUCAGCAAGUGUGGUAUCCAGCUAAAAUGCCCCAGAACCAACCAACCACUGAACCCCAGCAGCAGAAGGAACUGGCCACCAUGCCCCAGCAGCAGAAACAACUGGCCACCAUGCUGCAGAAGCAACCAGCCCCAAUGCCUCAACCGCAGAAGCAACAGGCCACCAUGCCCCCGCAAGUUUGGCAUCCAGCUCAAAUGCCUCAGCAGCAAAAGGAAACAGCUACUGAACCUCCGCAGCAAAUUGAACCGACCGCCAUGCCCCAGCCACCUCAGCAAUUGUGGCAUCCAGUUCAAUUUCUACAGGAGCAGAAGCAACCAUUCACUAUGCAUCUACCGCAGAAGGAACUGACCCCCAAUCCACCACAACUGUGGCAAUCCGCUCAAAUGCCCCAGCAACAUAAGCAACCGGCUGCCAUGCUUCAGCAAGUGUGGCAUCGGGCACAGAAGCAACCGGCCCCUAUGCCCCAGCAUAGUCUCUGCGGUGACCGCCAUGCCGCAUACGCAUCAGAAAGUAUGGCAUCCAGCUGAAUUUCCCCAGCAGCAGAAGCAACCGGCCUCCACGCCUCUACCGCAGGAGCAACCUG